UUUCCCCUGCCAACAAUGUGGACAGAGUUUCACACAUAAAGGAAGCCUUAAAGUCCACAUGAGAAUUCACACUGGAGAAAAGCCAUAUAUCUGCCAACAAUGUGGAAAGAGUUUCAGUGACAAAGGAAACCUUACAGUCCACAUGACUAUUCACACUGGAGAAAAGCCUUACACCUGCCAACAGUGUGGAAAGAGUUUCAAUAGAAAAGGAAGAUUUGAAAUCCACAUGAGAAUUCACACUGGAGAGAAACCUUUAACCUGCCAACAAUGUGGAAAGAGUUUCACACGUGAAGAAAGCCUUAAAGCCCACAUGAGAAAUCACACUGGAGAAAAGCCAUAUAUCUGCCGACAAUGUGGAAAGAGUUUCAGUCAUAAAAGAAGCCUUAAAGUCCACAUGAGAAUUCACACUCGAGAGAAACCUUUCACCUGACAACAGUGUGGAAAAAGAUCACAUGAGAAUUCACACUGGAGAAAAGCCAUAUAUCUGCCGACAAUGUGGAAAGAGUUUCAGUGACAAAGGAAACCCUACAGUCCGCACGACUAUUCACACUGGAGAAAAGCCUUACACCUGUCAAGACUGUGGAAAGAGUUUCAACAGAAAAGGAAGACUUGAAAUCCACAUGAGAAUUCACACUGGAGAGAAACAUUAUGCCUGUCAACAGUGUGGAAAGAGUUUCAUUUGAAAAGAAAGC